UCACAGCAUCAGGAACCUUAGGGGACGAUGAGAGGGAAAGUAGCGGGAAUUCCUUCGGUACUGUAGCAACAGCUGCGGUUCAGCUGAUGGGUCAACUGUCCCCCACCCUGGGGCCCGACAUAUGCUCACAGUACAUUGUCGCACAACUGAACUCACUCACAGAGGAGCGCAGUCCCAAAAUACGGCGAACAGUUGCGGCUGCUAUGGCAGAAGUUGCCGCUGUUGUCGGGCCGAGUUUGACUCUAUCAAAAUUAUAUCCGUUUUACGUCCAACUCACUCAUGAUUCUCAUUGGGCUGUGCGGAAGAGCGCUAUCGAUUCGAUGCAUUUAUUUUUAAUAGAACUUGUCAAAGGCGACGAUGAACGUAACGCGAGCCCGAGGGAUUCGGCCGUUUCCGAACUCCUUAGCGCAAUGGCUGCUGCUCUCGUCACUGACACCAGCUGGUGGGUGCGGAAGAGUGCCAUGCUCAAAGUUGGCUAUGUGAUCGCAUCCUGCGGCCCCUGUACGAGCCACUCCUCGAUCUUCAAUUCUGUGGAGCCCCUCUUGGUGCAGUUCGCCGACUUUAUCCUCUCACAUGCUUCUAAUUUAUCACAGAUGUCAAGCCGGGAAUCAUCUAGGAGUAGCAAGGGGACCUACAACAACAACACCAGUGGUGAAUCGCUCGGUGGAGCCGAACUGAGCAGAGAAGUUCUCUACCACUGCUCCUUCACAUUUGCUGGUGUCGCUCGAAGCGCCUUUUCCAGUGGGGUUGAAUUCGGCCCAAUCUGGUCCCAGCGACUGCAGAAGCCCUUCUUAUCGCUAUUACACUGUAGCGAAUCUAAAGUUCGACGACCUCUCAUCGCCUCCGUCCACGUCCUCGUCUCCACAUGUGGUAAGCAUUGUGAGGAAGUAUUCGAGGACUGCGCUCUUGCUGUGGUUCAAAUACUAGCCUCUCCCCAAGCUGGGCCUCCUCAUCUCCCUAAGGCGCUCUUGAGCUCCACUCAGAAGUCGCAUACUGCGGAUCCUGACGAUGUUGGCCUCAUCCCAGUCGGCGACUACUUCUCGGGUCAGCCGCUCAGCAAGCCUGUCAUCGCUAUCGAGUCGAGUUACCGACACCACGGGAUGGAGGGAGAAACGAGAGCUAGCGAGAGUUGCUGGAAAGUUGGUCUAGCAGCGGCAAGCUCGGCGCCUCAACUUUUCCGAUGUCGACGCGUCGGCCCCGAGAUGAAGCAUCGCAUCGUAGCAUAUUUGGUUAAGACCUACGCUUGUUCGGAAUGCUAUAGUAGACGACGGGUCCUUGUUGAGGUGGCCAAAGAGGUUUUGUUGUCGUCCCGCAGUGGGGGUGUUCGAGACGAAGGAAGUCUGCGAUCUGAAGCUAGAUACUUCCUGACUUUGCUAGCUCUGCUAGGUCUCGAUGAUUGUGUCCAUAUAAGGCUAGCAGUGGUCUCCACCCUUCAUCUCCUCAACCCUUUACCCGCUCAUCCCCCUGAGAGCAUAGAGACUCUGAUAGAGACUUUGCGACAAGAUGAUGAUAGAGAGGCAUCCUCAUCAGUACGCCUCGAAGGUCGUCCUCUUUUGACUGGGGGACCGACACCGAAUAUGAAGACCUUCCGUCUCCAUCUACUGGCGACUACAGCGUCCAUUGGGUUCUCUAUGGCGAUGACAUAGGGACUGCCUUGUCUCCGUCAUCGUCUUCGACCCGGCCGGUGCCUCCAUGCAGUAGCAGCUGCAGUAGCCUGUCAGGUGUCGAUGGUGGGACUGGGAGUAGCGACGGGGCAGGCCAUACUCUGCUAGAGGAGGUGGACGAGGAGCUCGCAGAGGCUCUUGCGGCUCGACAGAAAACGACUACGACUGUUGAUACCAUACGACACGACACGCCUCGGUCGACCCCUGGGCAAGCAUCCCCGAGUAUAAGUCGCUCAUUCUACAUAGGGGGGGAGGACGCUGAGGAUGAGAGAGUCGACGAUGCAGUGGACUUCCCUCUUGAGGAUUACCGGCAAAUGAACGACGAUAUUACUCGACUGCCCCUGGCUCCGGAGACCCUCACUAUUCAGAACGACAGCAUAGAGGAUGUGUUCGACCAGACAGAUUGGACAACAGCCACCCUCUCGCCGAAAUCGCGAGGCGUUAGUUUUGACGAAGGAUGACGCCGUUCAUCCGUUAAUCACCUUUUGUCUUGUGCUUGCCAUAUU